GUGGAGAAGAGAGAGGACACAGCGGAGUGUCAGCGUGGAAAAAGCACGGGUGAUCCGUGGGAAUAGGAUGAGAGAUAUCAUGUCACAUAAACAAGCAGACAUCUACACCUACGACUUCUGUGACGGAGACCAUCCAGCAGAGCUCCUGGAUGCUCUCAGGCAUUUCUACAUGAGCGGCCUGUUUACAGAUGUGGCUCUGCAAUGUGGCGAGUCCGGGCAGGUGUUCCACUGCCACAGAGCUCUGCUGUCAGCCCGCAGCUCCUACUUCAAAGUCAUGUUCACAGCUGACAUGAGAGAGAGGUCAAACAGCGUCAUCAAGCUCACCGGGGUGGACUGCGGGGUGCUGGGAGCCCUGGUGGACUAUGUGUACACGGCCCAGGUGUGCAUCACUGAGAGCAACGUGCAGAGCCUGCUGGAGGCUGCAGAUCUGCUGCAGUUCAUCUCUGUCAAGCAGGCUUGCGAAGAGUUCCUGGUUCGCCUCCUGGAUGUGGACAACUGUCUGGGCAUGCACACCUUUGCUCAGCUGCACCUGUGUCCGGGGCUGGAGAGGGAGGCCCGCCGGGUGAUGCUGAGCAGGUUCGCUGAGCUCAUCCAGCAGGAGGAGUUCUUAGAGCUGGACCAGGAGAAGAUCAGGUCAGUGUUGGCUGCUCAGAGUCUCACUGUGCAGAGGGACGAAGUGCUGAUAGAUGCACUAGCGACAUGGGUGAGCCACAACUUGGAUAACCGUGUUCACCACGUUCCGGACCUGCUGCGCUCCAUCCAUCUGGAUCUGGAUGAGGUCUACUUCAAGACCACGUUAGAGGUGCACAGACAAUACUUGAUGAACAACGACGGCAAGCUAAAAUCCAUGAUCAUUCAGGCUUUAAGGUCCAAUGGGAAAGAGAUAUCUGCAAGUAGAAAAAUGUCCUCCAACAUGUAUAUCAUUGGAGGAUACUACUGGCACCCUCUCUGUGAAGUUCACAUCUGGGAUCCUGUCAGCAACACCUGGGUGCAGGGAAAAGACAUGCCUGACCACGCCAGAGAGAGCUACAGCGUCAGCUUACUGGGAGCAAACAUCUAUGUGACCGGCGGUUACAGAUCGAACACUGUUGAGGCCCUGGAUGCCGUUUCAAUCUAUAACUGUGACUAUGAUGAAUGGACCGAGGGCUGCCCCAUGAUCACAGCCAGGUACUACCACUGCUCUGUCACUCUGCACGGCUGCAUUUACGCCAUCGGAGGCUACAGAGGAGGAGCUCCGGAGAGAGAGACUGAGUUUUAUGAUCCUUUAAAAAAGAAAUGGUUCCCUGUGGCCCAAAUGAUCCAAGGUGUAGGAAACGCCACUGCCUGUGUGAUGGGAGAUAAAAUCUAUGUGACAGGAGGCCACUAUGGCUACCGAGGAAGCUGCACCUACGAAAAAAUCCAGGUGUACAGACCAGAUGUUAACGAGUGGAGCAUCAUUACAAUAAGCCCCCAUCCGGAGUACGGGCUGUGUUCGGUGUCGCUCAACAACAAGCUGUACCUGGUGGGAGGUCAGACGACCAUCGCAGACUGCUACGACACGGAGAGAGACGAAUGGAGGGCGAUAUCAGUGAUGAAGGAGAGGAGGAUGGAGUGUGGGGCCGUGGUGAUAAACGGCUGCAUCUAUGUAACGGGGGGAUACUCCUACUCUAAAGGAACUUACCUGCAAAGCAUUGAGAAGUACGACCCUGAGCUGGACUCGUGGGAGAUCGUGGGGACUCUCCCCAGCCCGACCAGAUCACACGGAUGCAUCUGUGUUCACGGCGUUUAGUGACAAACCUUUAUCGCUGCAUUUGUUUAUUAGGCCAAAUGGAUCAAACAGUGACUGUUUUUCACUGAAGUGUGCAAAUGUAGGCGCACUGUCACGCAAUAAGUCAAGCUGCACUGGAUACAUGCCUUUAGGGAGCUAUUUGCCAAACUGAAUGCACUGAUGAGCAACUAUUAAACUCAGGGGCCUCGUGAUGAGCAUUUUAGACUUUUUAAUUUUUUAAUAGCCACAAGGUCGCCGGCGACCUAUUUAGGUUUGAUUUAGCCGCAUGCUGAACAAGCACAUUUUCAGAAACUAGAAGACGUUACCUUUAAAACUAAGUGUCACAGGUUUCUUCUGUUAUAAGCGUGUCCAUGUUGUUAUGCCAAAAAUUCCAUAAAAGAGGUAGAAGUUAAGAGGUUCUAAAUAGAUUGAAUGUAUUUGAAUGUUAUUCACAUCCACUUUAUAAAUGUAUACACAUAUGUAUAUUUAUUAGUAGAGCUGUACCACUAGGCUGUAACUUAAAUAAAUAACUCACUAAAC